GGGAUUUACCGCAUUUUCCGGCUCCCCCCCCAACCCCGUGCCUGCUUUUGUUGCCUCUGCGGGGGCGACUGCAAGAGCCCAGCCGGCCAGCCAGCGUGGCCCCGCCCCCUCCUCCUGCCCGGGGUGGAGCCUGAAUCGAGGGGGGGGGCAUAACUCCCUCGCCCCCUCCUACUUUCCCCCAACCCCCCCCCCCCCCGCACGCACACACCAGGCAAGCGGGCCGGCCGGGGAGCCGGAGCAGUCCAGGCCCGGUGCAUCGCCGCCCCCCCCCCCCGGUUUUUUUGCAAGAAGCGCGCCCGCCCCCCCCCCCCCCCGCGAUGGCCUGACCGGCGUGGGGGGCUCCGUCUCGGCUCGGCGGGGAGCAGGAGGGGGCGGCGCUGUAGAGGACUCGGGGGGCCCAUUUCUGCCCGGAGCAUGUGAGGGGCGACCCCUGGCCGGGGGGGGGGCGAGGCGACAGGGACCCCCGACACCCACGAUGGGGGACUUCUACGACCCGGAGCACCCGACCCUCGACACGACUUUCAUGUCGAAGGAUCCCAGUGGACAUCAUAAAGCUAAUACGUCCAGCAUCCCUGAAAUGCAGUCACCUCUGAGGUGGAAAGGGGCAGACAACUGGUGUAUCUUUCCCCAGAAUGUGGAUGGGUCUGAAGAGGUAGAAAGAGAAGAAGACAGCGAGGGCAAGACUGAAAAUGUGCAGAAGCCUGGCUUUGUCAAAGGGCCGGUGUUCAAAGGAGUGGCGUCCAGUCGAUUCCUGCCCAAAGGCACCCGGACAAAAGUUAAUCUUGAGGAACAGGGCAGGCAAAAGGUGUCCUUCAGCUUCAGUCUAACCAAGAAAACCCUGCAGAACAGAUUCCUGACGGCUCUUGGAAAUGACAAACAGAAUGAGACCCCGAGCUCCCCAGCUGCCCCACUUCAAACUGACCCUACCCCCAAAAUUAAAAUUGAUCUUGGGGAUUUUUCUGGCGCUGCAGAGGACUUUUCGCUGCCAAAGCCUAAAGUAGAGUUGGGGAAGAUCCAUUUCAAGAAGCAUAUGCUGAAUGCUACUACCAAGCCUGCCCCAGCUAUUGUGGCACCGCCAGCCGUGGCUUUUGCUCCAGCUGUUAUGGCAGAAUUUGUGGAGGAGCCCUCGUCGCCCCCACCGCCGCCUCCUCCUCCUCCUCCUCCUCCACCACCUGCUCCAGCACCUGCACUAACUCCAGCCACUUUUCCUCAAGUUCCGGCAGCAGCUUCACCUCCUUCGCCACCCCCUGUAGAACCAGCUGUCUGUGUGGCAAAGGAGCCGUCAAGUAAAGCUCCUCAAGAAACGCUGCAGCUGGAUACCGCACCGCCUGCCGCAUUGGAUGUCUCUGAAGCGUUUUUACCUCAGGUGGUUUCCGAGGCAGCAGAACUAGUCACAGCGAAAGGAGGGGCCCGCGUUGGGAAGGAGGGGGACGCUUCAGAGGGUUCCGGUUGUGCUUUUCCUAGCUCUAAAAAGCCAGGUUCUAAGAGGAGGUCUGAUGGCACGUUGCCAGCUUCUGAAUCUGACGAAGACUCUGUGAGGACAUCUUCAAGUCAAAGGUCCCAUGAAAUUAAAAUCUCAACUAGCUCGGAGAAAGAGAAAGAUUCCCGGAAGAGCUCUGCUUCUCUCAAAACGGACGAACAUGCGAAAUUCUCAUCACGGUCUAGAUCUGACAGAGAUGAAAAAUAUUCCAGUCACUCCAGGUCUGAGAGAGACUCUAGGUACUCUUCCUCCCAUUCCAGAUCUGACAGAGGGAGGAGGAGGAGCAGAUCUCGUUCUCGUUCUAGAUCUGAGAGAGGUUCUAGAACUAGUUCUUCUUAUUCCAGAUCUGAACGGUCUCAUUACUAUGACUCUGACCGGAGGUACCAUAGGAGCUCACCAUACAGAGAAAAGACACGAUAUUCUCGUUCCUAUAUGGAUAGUAGGGCAAGAGAAAGUUCGGAUUCAGAGGAGGAGUAUCGGAGGUCAUAUUCUAGAUCUACAGACUCAAGGCGUACAUCCUCUCAUUCCUCAUCUUACAGAGAAUCUAGGACUUCUUCCUAUUCCAAGUCUGAUCGUGAUAGCAAGGUGGAAUCCUCUCACACUGACUUGGAGAGGAAAGGAAAGCCUACAAAAUCAGAUCGGGAAUGCAAAAGAAUUUCAGAAAGUGAAGUAUCAAAGAGGUGCUCUCCAGCGAGUGAGGUGGGACAUCGUAAGGGAACAUCUCACUCCAAAUCAGACAGUAGUGUGAAUUAUUCCCGCCACAAGUCCACCUCUUCCAAGACAUCAUCUGCUCCAAAGCCAGAUAAGUGUAAAAGUUCUUUCUGUUGUACAGAACCUGAGGAAGUCAGAGAGCAGUCUAAUUGUGUAGACUCAGAGGCGCCUUGUGUACAGAACUGUGAAGCAGAAAGUAUUACGCAGAAGCCGGAAUCAGAAAGGAUUGUUUCAGUGUUAAGUCAUCUAAAUGAUUCACCUACUUUCAGAAGGCUAGAUGAGUCAAAAGAAGGUUCUCCUAUUUCAGAGUCUGUUGAACUUGCCAGAAUGGAUACCCAUGACAGUAUUAAGGAAGCAGAGCCGUUUGUCAAGGUAAAACCUGAUAAUUUAAGAAAUUGUUCUCCAGUAGAACUGAAUAUAAAUGGAUCCCCGGAAGACAAGCCCAGAGGCGCAGCAUUAUUCUGUACCUCCCAACUGGAGGCAGAGGCAAUGUCUUCUGAUGACAGUUUAGAUAGUUCUGAGGUGCCACCUCGGGCCGAGAGCCCUGGUUUUGACGAGUUGUCAUCGAAUGGGUUUCAAGCUGCAUAUCUUUCUAAAGGACAUGAUCUAGAUGAUUCCCCUGUUCUUUCUCCUGAAUCCAACAGUUUGCUGAAAGAGGAAACAAUUCUGGUUCCUUCUGAAUAUGAAUUUGUACCCUCCUGUGCUGUGAACGUCAAUCAUUCUAAAACGUUCCCUAAAGUGGAUGAUCUAACUAACUCCUGUAGCAAAACCAAAGAUCCAGCCCCCUGCUAUCUGUCAGAAGAUGCCGCUCUUUCAUUGUAUUAUUCGGAAGUUGAAAUUGAAGCUGAGCCUUCAGAUGCAAAAGCGGUUCGGGAACCUCUUACGGAUAUUCAUGAGGAACCACAAAUGGAGGGCUGCAGUGAUGUGGAGGAUGUAUCAGAGGAUCAAAAUUUGUUCACAACGGCUAUUGACAGUGAAACAUGUGGUGCUAGAAGUUUCAGCUUCUCCGAGGGUAGCCCGGUCAGACAUUCUUCUACAGAAGAGCGUUCCGGGGAAUCAAAGCGAGACAAUCAAUGUAUUGCACAACCACCCCCUUCGGAAUGUGUGUUCUCCCAGUUGGAGAGGACCUUGCAGAAGAAGAGAGGAGAGCUUGUGGAAUGUCCUGAAGCUGCUCUUGAGGUCGAUGCUCAGUGUGUUGAUUCCAUUGUAGAAAAAAUAAAAUCUCCUGUUAAAAAUGAGCAUUCUUAUUAUUUAGAGAUGCCCGUAGAAGAUCUGGAAAAGGAAGAGCCAGAUGGAGGGGAGGAUUUGGUUGCCCUUGAAGAAGUGACCGUGUCUGGCGUGACAGACUGUUCUCCUGAAGCCUUGGUGACGAAGGACAGAGAUGACUCCUUGGUGGAAUCUGCAUUUUCGGAAGCACUGUCCCCAACUUGUGACAUCGUUGUGACUGUAGAAGAAACAGAAAUGAUAAUUGAAGCCCCAGGAUGCGACAGUAGUGGUAGUACGCCCGAAUUAGUUUCUAUUCACAAUGAAGACUACUCCGACACCGCCGAAAGCGCAAGCGAGCAGGGUAGCGAGGAAAGCGAUACCGAGGACUCGGAUUCAGACGACAGCGGUGUUCCGAGGAACCGCCUCCAGUCGGUUGUCGUCGUUCCAAAGAACUCCACCAUAGCCAUGGAGGAGAGCAGUUCUUCCUCCUCUCGGAACGGCCAAAGCACCAGACGCUACUCAGACCACUGGGAAGAUGGCAGGCCGGAAUCCAGCAAGCAUUACUAUGAAGAAAUACAAGAUGACGUGGAGCUGGACAAAGGCCCUCAGCACGAAAGCAAGUGUGGGCCUUCGAGAGACGCGGAGGGCAGCCCGGCAACAUCUACAGAGCUCAGUCGGGCAGAGUCCGAAAGCCUUCAGCUGAGGGCCUCUCAGCCUCAAAACGAUGGUGUCGACAGCACCAGCCAGCCGGAGCUACCGUCCGUUUCUCUUAGCAAGCUGAAACCAGACGAAAGGACUGUAUUAACUGAGCCGAUGUCGGUAGCUGAGUCGCCGUGGCCAGAGGAACAGCGCUACUUUGACCGGAACUACGAGGUGGUGGAUAAUGCAUGUAGGCAGCAACCCGGUGUUUCCCAGCCAGACAGUAGGCAGGAGAAGCCUGGUUUCGGCAGCCUCGCUGACGCAGGAGGGAAGUUCUCCAGAGAAGAUGGCUUCCAUUCAGCAGAGGACAUGGGGAGCUUGGGCUGGGACUUCUCCCAGGCCGAGAAACCAAGCAGCACGUACCAGCAGCCUGACAGCAGCUACGGCAUUUUCUCAGGUUAUGUUUACCCACCAAAUUCAGGGCCGUAUGUUGGAUCCCAUCAUUACUGGCACGACAAUGGGUAUUGGGACCCGAGGUUGAGCAACAGGCCCUCUGGGGUGCAUUAUGAGCGAAUCCAAGGGCAGGUCCCCGACUCCCUAACGGAAGACCACGAGGAGUACGAAGAAGUCGACCGCUGGGUGGACGACACCCAACCCUACUUCUCUGACCCGUCGAGUAAGUUUCAGCCACGUGACCCUAGAGAGAAGGGUUCUGUGCAGGCACACGAGAUCAGCAGCAACUCGGCCAAAGAGCCGGCCUCUGCAAGUGAGAGGAAAGAGUACGUUAAGACCCUAAGCAAAAGUGACAUGAAAGAGCGGGGGCCCCUGAAGAAAAGGAGGCAGGACUUGGAGAGCGACUCUGAGAGUGACGGGGAUUCCCGGGACAGGAAGAAGGUGAAGACGGAGGGCGAGCAGGUGCCCGUCGUGCUGCAGGACUCGUCGAUGGUUCGCCCACUGUGUAUCAUGGAAGACUUCAGGGACCCCCAGCACUGGAAAGAGUUUGCCAAACAAGGAAAAAUGCCCUGCUACUUUGACCUGAUUGAAGAAAACGUAUAUUUAACAGAAAGGAAAAAGAAUAAAUCGCACCGUGACAUCAAGCGGAUGCUGUGUGAAUGUCCGACGCUUUCCAAAGAUGAGAGAGGUCAAGGGGAUGUGGCAUGUGGAGAGGAUUGUCUGAACCGCUUGCUCAUGAUCGAAUGCUCUUCAAGGUGCCCGAACGGGGAGUACUGCUCCAACAGACGGUUCCAGAGGAAGCAGCAUGCCGACGUGGAAGUCAUCCUGACAGAGAAGAAAGGCUGGGGGCUGAGAGCAGCAAAGGACCUUCCUUCCAACACCUUUGUACUGGAAUACUGCGGAGAGGUGCUGGAUCACAAAGAAUUUAAAGCCCGAGUUAAAGAGUAUGCCCGAAGCAAGAACAUCCAUUACUACUUCAUGGCAUUGAAAAAUGAUGAGAUCAUAGAUGCCACGCAGAAAGGAAACUGUUCUCGUUUCAUGAAUCACAGCUGUGAGCCAAAUUGUGAGACACAGAAGUGGACUGUAAAUGGACAGCUGAGAGUUGGCUUUUUCACCACCAAAUUAGUACCGUCGGGUUCUGAGCUAACGUUCGAUUACCAGUUCCAGAGAUAUGGCAAAGAAGCUCAGAAGUGUUUCUGUGGAUCUGCCAAUUGCCGGGGUUACCUUGGAGGAGAGAACAGAGUCAGCAUCAGAGCGGCCGGGGGCAAAAUGAAAAAGGAGCGGUCUCGUAAAAAAGAUUCGGUGGAUGGAGAGCUAGAAGCGCUCUUGGAGAAUGGAGAAGGCCUUUCAGAUAAGAACCAAGUUCUCAGCUUGUCCCGACUCAUGGUGCGGAUUGAGACCUUGGAGCAGAAGCUUACCUGUCUGAAACUCAUACAGAACACGCAUUCUCAAGCCUGCCUCAAGACCUUUUUGGAGUGCCACGGUUUGUCCCUGCUUUGGAUCUGGAUGGCGGAGCUUGGCGACAGCCGGGGAAACAACUUGAAGCUCCAGCUGGAGAUAAUGAAGACCCUGGAGCUCCUGCCCAUUCCCAAUAAAAACAUGUUGGAGGAGAGCAAAGUGCUUCCCAUAAUCCAGCGCUGGGCCCAGACCAAAUUGGUGAUUCCGCACCUGAGUGAAGGGGAUGGCUAUUCCAGCGAGAACCCCUCGCGGGCUCACACCCCGCUCAACACACCGGAUCCUUCUACCAAGCCAAGCGCAGAAAUCGACACAGAGACCCCAAAGAAGCUUGCCAUUCGGAGGCUCAAGAUCAUAAGCGAGAACAGCAUGGACAGCGCUAUUUCCGACACCACCAGCGAGAUUGAAUCGAAAGAAGGGAAGGAGGACCACGAGCAUCCAGACAGUGGCCCCGUAGAAGCAGUAGAGGAUCAGCCCCCGCAGCUGGAACCCACCAAGGAUGCAGUUGCUGAGGUCUUGUCGGACACCAGCAAACCUCAGCCUGGGGAACCGGAGCCGGAGCCCGAAGCGGAGGCAAAAGACGGCAGCGUCACAAAGCUGGAGGAAUCCAUUGCGGCUGAGACACCGUCUCAAGAUGAAGAGGAGGGCGUGUCGGACGUGGAGAGCGAACGGAGCCAGGAACAGCCCGAUAAGAUUGUGGACGUGAGCGAUUUGGCCGGCCGGCUUCUGGACUGCUGGAAAGAGCUAAAAGAGGUGUACAGGAUCCCCAAGAAGAGUCAAGUGGAAAAGGAGUCCAGUGCGGAACGAGGACGGGAGCCUUCCAGUCGAGACCCGGCUGCUACCCCCAAAAACCUGAGCAGAGAACGCGAUCCCGAAAGGCGAAGCCAAAGCAAAGAGAAGAAAAAACGAAGAGAUUCUCUGUCGCCCCCUUCGGCAUAUGAGCGAGGCACUAAGCGACCCGAUGACCGGUAUGACACGCCAGCCACGACCUCCAAGAAGAAAGCGCGGAUCAAGGACCGCAACAAGCUGUCCACGGAAGAGCGCAGGAAGCUCUUUGAGCAGGAGGUGGCCCAGCGAGAGGCCCAGAAGCAGCAACAGCAGCUGCAGAACCUGGGCAUGGCGUCCCCUCUUCCCUAUGACUCCAUGGCCUACAGCGCCUCCCAUCACGCUUUUAUGGGCUAUCCCCCUGGCUACCCCAUGCAAGCGUACGUGGACCCCACCAACCCUAAUGCUGGCAAGGUGCUACUCCCCACGCCAAGCAUGGACCCCAUGUGCUCCCCGGUGGCCUACGAACAGACUUUGGUGGGCCACACAAUCGAGCCAGCCCUGGCUACUCCUCAGCCGGUGCCCGUCGUUCAGCAUGUAGCCACGACUCUGGAGGUGACCACCUCGCAGUAUGUAGCACAGAGCGAUUCUGUGGUCCACCAGGAGCAGACUGUCACGGUCCUGCCGGUGCCGUCUCCCGCUCCGGUGCAAGGGCAGAGCUACAGCGUUUGGGACUCCAGCCAGCAGACUGUAGCGGUGCAACCGCCUUACUCGCCGGCACAGUCGCAGCCCGCCAUCUACUACCAAGGACAAGCGUGUCAGACUGUGUACGGGGUCACGUCACCGUACUCUCAGACCACGCCACCGAUUGUACAGAGUUAUGCCCAGCCAGGCCUUCAGUAUAUCCAGGGGCAACAGAUUUAUGCUGCCCACCCCCAGAGUGUCGUGGUGCAGCCCACCACAGCGGUGACGACCAUCGUAGCAGCAGGACAGCCUCCGCCCAUACAGCAGCCAGAGCUUGUGGUGACCAACAACCUCCUGGACCUGCCUCCGCCCUCUCCUCCGAAACCCAAGACCAUCGUCCUCCCUCCAAACUGGAAAACAGCUCGCGAUCCAGAGGGGAAGAUCUAUUAUUAUCAUGUGGCCACAAGGCAAACCCAGUGGGACCCGCCGAAUUGGGACAGCCCAGGGGACGACGCCAGCCUGGAACACGAAGCAGAAAUGGAUCUGGGGACCCCAACGUAUGACGAAAAUCCCAUGAAGUCUUCCAAAAAGCCCAAAACGGCAGAAGCAGACACUUCCAGUGAGCUGGCAAAGAAGAGCAAGGAAGUAUUCCGGAAGGAGAUGUCUCAGUUCAUCGUGCAAUGCUUGAAUCCCUAUCGGAAGCCAGACUGCAAAGUUGGCCGGAUAACCACAACUGAAGACUUCAAACACCUGGCGCGCAAGCUGACCCACGGAGUGAUGAACAAAGAGCUGAAAUACUGCAAAAACCCCGAGGACCUGGAAUGCAACGAGAACGUGAAGCACAAGACGAAAGAGUACAUCAAGAAAUAUAUGCAGAAAUUUGGGGGGAUUUACAAACCCAAAGAGGACACGGACUUAGAGUAGUCGCCGGGGGCAGAAGGGCCGCGUCCCUCUUCAGAGCUCGAAGCCGCCUGGCCUCAGGAUCCUUGUUUUGGGCAGGAUUCCUGGCCUUCUCUAGGGGGGAGCGGGGUGCUCUUGGCAAGCCACCCCGUGAAUCGCGUGGCACGUGCGGCUCCCUUUCCGAGUCGCCCUUUCGGAGCACAGAUUGCAGCUGCGGAACGAACGAGCAAAUGACAUCUGCCUGCCAUCCAGCCGUAGCUGCCCCCCGCUUUGUGUGUGCCCUCCGUGCAAAACCUCUGGUCUGGCGACGGUGCUGUUCCACGCAACGCCCCAUGAGCGCGCCCCAUCUUCCCGCUCGAGAUCUGUAUUAUAUUUUAACGUAUAUGUGAAUAUAUUGAGGUUUUUCUCUUUCCUCCCCUCCCCUUUCCCUCCCUCCCUCCCCCUCCCUCCAUGUGUUGAUAUCAUGGGAACACUUUGUAAGAAUAGUUUUGAAGGGUUCUUCUUUUCGUUCUCUGCAAGGUUGAAUCUGUUAUCAUGUAAAUAUUGGCAGAAAUGGCCGCCUCCGGGUUCCUGGCAGGCCACGUGCUUUGUUGAUAAGAUUGAUUUUACUGCUUAAAAUCAUUUACUUUAUCCAAUUUUUACUGAAGUUUUUAUGUAAAAGAAAAAAAUUAAAAAAUUAAAUAAAAUGGCAAAUGAAAGAAU